AAUUCUCUGAACUUUUAAAAUUUCCGCGAAAAGUUUCUAAUUUUUCAACAUUCAUCAAGAGCAACAGCAUUUUGACUGAUGCAUAAAUAGGCACUGCUGAGCUCUAUACUACCCAAGGAGAUGGCUUCUACCACCAUAAGCCGCCCCCCGGUGCGGAUUUCCAAAGUUGCGGGCAGAUAUUUACUCUUCGACAUAGAUGACAUAAUGUACAUCCGGAGAAAUCACAAUAUAUGCUCCGUAUUCGUGGGAACAAUCCCUCAAAACCCACAGCAAAAUAUCUUCAUGGGCCUACCUGUGGAGUUGAUGCCUGAGGAAGCCCAAAUCCUGAUCGAUAAGAAAGUAGGCUACAUUGUAAAUGACGCUGCGUUCCAUCCUGCGCAGCUUGGCGCCCUAGAUGAAGAUGCGCGACGACGCUAUCUACAGGCCAUCAAAGGCGAGGGUAGGAAAGCCCAGUUGGCCGCGGCCGAGGGCAAACAAAACAUGAGGCCGAAGGUAUCGACUAAAUCAAAGAAAAAGCCUAAAGCCACAGAUAGUGAAGUAUCAAACGAAGCAAAUGCCCCAGAAAAAGGCCCCGAAGUGGAUGACGAAACGAGUCUCUUCGGUCCCCCAUCGCCGCCUCGUGCCACCCCAUCACCCGCUCCCCACAAUCUCUCUAAAACAGCAGAAGAACCUCAAGCAGAGUUCGCAAUAACUCCAACAACAAGCAGCCUCCUUCCACCGUCACCCCCUGUAUCAGCCGACGAAGACGGACAAACCACACCUAUCAACGUCCCGCCGUCCUAUCCAUUGUACGCCCACCUGCAAGACCGCGGAUAUUACAUGAUGCCCGGACUACGCUUUGGCUGCGAUUACAAUGUAUACCCUGGCGACCCGUUGCGCUUCCAUAGCCACUUCCAAGCAACUAGCUACGGCUGGGAUGAGGAGAUUACCAUGUUGGAUCUCGUGGCUGGUGGGCGAUUAGGGACGAAUGUUAAGAAGGGGUAUCUGGUUGGAGGAGCUGUGGUGGAUGGUGGUGAUGGAGACGGACUUAAGGAAGAAGAGGCGGUUGCCAAUAAGAAUCCGAAUGCACCUGGAGCAAGGGCUUUCUGCAUUGAGUGGGCAGCUAUGUAGAUGUGGAUGAGCACUAAUACUGCUCAUGAUACCUUAUGAAUUAACACAUCGAACACCAAGAAUAUUUGCAUGAAGUGUUUCAAUGUGCUGAAUUUUUUCUAAUCACUAGAAGGUCAAAUAAGCCGCUAGGAAUUGCUUCAGCUGUUGGACGUGUAGUCGCUUUGAAAACCCGAUAUCGUGAAUGAUAGACAAUCCGAACCACCAGCAGCCCUCCCCAGCAGCCGCAGUCCUCUCAUUUAUCCAUAUUCAUCGCUACCGCAUACCUAAUCUUAACCCUACAUCUACAUCUUU